CUGAGUAAAUAUUCCUGGACUUCUGAAUUGUUCAUCUUAGCUACAUGAUAUGCAAAUCAGACUGCACGAAACCAUGUGCAGCAGCACAGCCCUGGGUCACAUGCUGUAUCCAGUUGCUGGCAGAGCUUCUGUCCAGGGAGCAGAUCUGCAACAGAAUGGAACAGAAUGAAACUUGCAAAAACUGGCUGGCAGCAGAGGCUUCCCUGGAAAAGUACUACCUUUCCAUCUUUUAUGGGAUUGAGUUGAUUUUGGGAAUCCUUGGAAAUGCAAUCGUUGUUUUUGGCUACCUCUUCUGUAUGAAGAACUGGAACAGCAGUAACAUCUAUCUCUUUAAUCUCUCCAUCUCUGACUUGGCGUUUUUGUGCACCCUCCCCAUGCUGAUGAGAAGUUAUGCCAAUGAUGACUGGAUAUACGGAAAUGUGCUCUGUAUAAGCAACCGAUAUGUGCUCCACGCCAACCUCUACACCAGCAUUCUUUUCCUCACUUUCAUCAGCAUCGAUAGAUACUUGCUCAUAAAGUAUCCUUUCCGAGAACACCUUCUGCAAAAAAAGGAGCUUGCUAUUUUAAUCUCUUUGGCCAUUUGGGUUUUAGUAACCUUAGAGUUAUUGCCUAUACUCCCUCUUAUAAAUCCUAUCGUAACUGAAAAUAACACCCACUGUAAUGAUUAUGCAAGUUCUGGGGAACCUGAAUACAACCUCGUUUACAGCAUAUGUCUGACCUUAUUGGGGUUCCUCAUUCCUCUGCUGGUGAUGUGCUUCUUUUAUUACAAGAUUGUUCUCUUUCUAAAGCACUGGAGCAGGCAGCUCACCACCGCUUUGCCCCUUGAAAAGCCUCUCAACUUAGUCAUCAUGGCAGUGGUCAUCUUCUCUGUGCUUUUCACGCCCUACCACAUCAUGAGGAAUGUGCGGAUUGCUUCACGCCUGGGGAACUGGAAGCAGCACCAGUGUACUCAGGUCGUUAUCAACACCCUAUACAUCGUGACUCGGCCUUUGGCAUUUCUGAACAGUGUCAUCAACCCUGUCUUCUAUUUCCUCAUGGGAGAUCAUUUCAGGGAGAUGUUGCUGAACAAAUUUAGACAAUACUUAAAAUUUCUUACAUCCUUUAGAAAAUGAGCUUAUGAACUUGAGUUUUCAUUUAGAAAAAAAAUUAAGUGCUUGUGAAGCCAAUUGUUUUAUGCAUGCACCUAUAAACCAGUUAAGAGUUUAUUUUAACUUAUAGACAUAAUUCAAAGAGUAUCAUGAAUCUGACCCUGACUUAAAGACAAGUUAUACCCAGAAUAUAUGAAAAGAAGGGGAUGAUGAGAGGUUUCUUUACUUAACUAGGGAAAGGAGGUGAACUAGCACUGUCUAAUGUUUGGGCAUGUAAGUCCAAACCUAGGUGCUAUAGGAACAUCUUGAUUAAGGAAUAGGAGGUAGACAAAACAACAAAUUAUCUGUAUUGAAUCAUUGAUCAGAUUGUUUAAAAAAAAAGCACAAAUAUUUUGGCACAACUCUCUGCAUUAUUGUUGUUCAUGUAAUCCAAAAACUUCAUGUGAGAAGUGAAGAGAAGAUUAGAUGUACACUGUUAAAUAUUGAUUUUAGAAGUUGUGUUCUAAAAAAUUAAAAGUAACAUGUUCUAAAAAAUUAAAAGUAACAUGUUAUAAAAUUUAAAGUAACAUUAACAAAGAAUAAGAAGGCUAUAUGGAUAAUGAGACCAAGAUUGUCAUGAAUCAGGGCCAACUCUAAUUUAUCAGUCUGUUUAUUGUUUAUAAUAAAAUUAAUCUUAAUUUAUGUUAAAUAAAACCUAAAGAGAUAAUUUUCAAAAAGAGGAAAUAGAAAUAUGUUUGAGCUUGGCUAUUAAGACAUUUAAGUGCAAAUGAUUUUAUCAAAAUACUAGAGAGAUAUAAGAACAGUUGCAAAAAUUUCAGACUUAUAGAACAUCAAAAUGCCUGUCAGGAAAUACAAAGCAAAACAAAGCAGAAUAAAAAUGAAUACAUUAUUUUUAUGAUGAUUUUGCCAUCUUGUAUUUUAUUAUCACAAUUUAACUGCUUUGCUGAUAUUGAUUAAAUGCUGAAUUAUAAAAUAUAUUAAUAUCAUAAAACCAGCAAAGAAGAGGAAGUAAAAUGAUAACAUCCAAAGCAUUAGGUUAGGUUUCUCUUUCUCAGGGAAGUAUCGCAAUUUUUCUGUACUCCUUUUUUGUAAGCCCUGAGAUAACUCACAAGGAUGACUUUAUCUUGGCACGAGCGUCUCACAUCUUGAGUAAGGCUUGCUUUCAUAGGACAUCAUGUAAGAUCAUUGGAAAAAAUGUUCUAGAUAAAAUGUACUUUAUAUUAGAAAACAUAGGAAUAUCAUAUACAAAUAAUAGACAUUUCCCUGAUAGGUUAAUUGGGCACCAAUUCAUGUCACAAAACAAAUGUGGGGUGGGGUGUAGGGAAUGGGUGCUGAAUUUUAAAGUCAAACAAGUAUCAAAUAAUAAUUCACCAAUGCAAAACAAGAUAUAAUCAUCGCCACAAUCUGUAUUCCUUUCCUUGGUGUCAUUAGUUACAACGAGUAAGGAAAGAGAAGGAAAAAGCAAUCAUCAUGAAUGCAGACAUACAAUUCCAUUGUACUUUCUGUUCUGAAAUACCCUGGUGGUAUUAUAUACUGCUAUUCCAAAAUCUCCAAGUUUUCCUGGUUAACAUUUUAAAAAUACAAACAGCUGACAUAUUAUAAAAACAUGUUACAGAGAAUUUGUUUUCUUACCUAGUGCUAGGCUUUCAGAUAUUUUAGUCAUUUACCUUUGUCAAUAAUGCUUUUAGAUUCCAAUGUAAUGUUAUAACCAUGAAAGGAACUGAAAGAAUUUCCGAAUUUUUCUCAUCAGAAAAGGUCACAGAAAGGGCACUAAGGAAUAAGAAUUUAGUUAUUUCUGAAAAACUGGUAGCAUAUAAUAACUUCAAUUUUUGUUUUAUGCAUGAGUUUUAAUUUGCAAAGGUGAAAUUAAAUUUUCUCUCUUCAUCCACUUAUCAAAAGCAGUGGCAGAGAGUUAUUCAUUCUAAUAAGGCAGUGAAAUGUUUUGUGAAACAUAAACUCCUCCACAUACCUUGUAUUCAAAAAGUCAACAAAUAUGUACAUAUAACACAUUUUCUAACGUUUAUUUGGCUCUCAACUAUCAUGUGGCAGCUUAAUCCUUAACAGAUUAAAAAUGUCUCCACUUUUAAAACUCUAAGAGCUAUUCCAUUUAUAUGAGGUAAUUGUGAGAAUCACUAACAAUAAAUUAUGGAACUCCUUGCUAGUUUUGUGGUUUUCAUAGGCAUGAAUGCCAGGCCUUUAUAAUUUGUCUUUUUUGGCCACUGGUGUCUAAACUAUUCAGUCCAGCACUCUUCAAUCUGGCCCCAUCUCAAUUUUUCUCACAGGUUAUCUCCCGCCACUGGCAUCGCAAUCCAUGCUCUACAACCAGAUUGCUGCUCCAUUUCAUUAUUCAGAAUUUUCUUCACUUUAUUCUAAGCAUCUUUCAAGCUUCAUCUCAUCCUAUUUGUCAAUCAUUGGUAAAACUUUCCCUUAGGUUCUCUUCUCCCCAAAUCUAGAAAUAAAACUCACUACCAUGGAGUUUUCAGACUACUGUGAAGUGCUGUUUUGAUGAAAUGCAUUAUUUUUGUGUGUAUAUAUAUAUAUAUAUAUAUUAUAAAAAUAUAGAUUCCUGUCCAUGCUAAGGUCUGUGAAUUAAAACAAUGACAAAUUUUCAUUGUCUUCAAAGCACCUAGCAAGAUACUUUUUAAAUUAUGGUCUAUUAUGAGGGUUGUAUUUUGUCCCAGGAAGGCAGUGAAAGCAUACUAUAAUAAACAUGCAGGAUGAGAAUUCAAUGUUUAGACCACUUCAAUUGAAAAUAUAUGAAUAUACAUAUCCACUACGAAGAUGAUAACUGUCAGCCCUGCAUAGUUUACUCUCACUUGUCUCUUUUUUUAAGGUUUAUUUAUUUAUUUAUUUUGAAAGAGUUAUUGGAGUGGGGAGAGACAGAAAGAGAGAAAGAGAAAGAUCUUCCAUUCACUGGUUUACUCGCCAGAUGGCCAAAAUGAUGGCCUGGGCUGGGCUGGGCUAGGUCAAAGUCAGUAGCCAUAAGCUUCAUCCAGGUCUCCCACAUGUAUGGCAGGGGCCCAAACACUCCACUGCUUCCAAAGUCUUCCACUGCUUUUCCCAGGCCAUUAGCAGGGAACUGGAUCAGAAGCAAAACAGCCAGGAUGUGAACAGACUCCCAUAUGGGAUGCUGGCACUGCAGGUGGUAGCUUUACACAUUAUACCACGGUGCCACCCUCCUAAGUUGUUUCUUGUACCCUUCUCUGUCAAGUGUCAUCAGCAUGUCACAUAUUCAGCCCACUCAUGAGGGAAACAGGUGUUAAUAUAAGGAUUGAAUAUGUCAGACAUAAACAACCCACAUAUGGACAUUUUUUAAAAUGCAUAACUAUAUGAAUUCAUAUUUUUGUUUAGAAAUGCAUAUAAAAUAAAAAUAAGCAUAAACAUUUUUCCCAAAACUGCCUACCAUCACAUGAAAGAGAUUCUGCUUUAAGUCCCUAUCCAGAUAUAGGAGAAGUCUCAGAUUUCCUAGGUGUUCAUCUCUGACUAGAUUUAUACAUUCAUGUUAGUGAGGAAAUCCCACAUUGCUUUUGGAAUCAAGCCUCUUUCAACUCACGGCUUACCGGUAAAAAAUCAGGUGCCUUGAUCUCCAUUAUUUUGGAUUCCUAUGGGAAUACUCAGUGUGUUUGCACCCUAGAGGGAAAAAAAAAUAUGAUGGGUCAGGAAUUGUGGAGAAAAUUUCUUUCUAGAAUCACAACAAAGAAUUUCAUGGAAUGCUGUCAAGCAAUUCGGAACUGUAUUUUAACCCGCUCAACUCCCACCAAAUCCUAUGAAGUUUGCAGAUGAAGAAACCAAGGCAUAGAGACUUGCUCAAGGCCAUGCAGACGUGAGAGAGCACACGUUCUUCACCACUGCUGGGUAGAGAACCAUCACAUGGAAGCUGAUGCACAUCAGAGUCAUACUUUGACCCUAUUUAUGGAUGAUUGUUUCGUAAUUUACCAUGUGAUUUCAUCUCAGCGACCUCUUCUACAGAGUUCUUAGGAAAAGAUCUCCAGGAUGAUGUAAUAAUUAGUUUUAGUGUGCUGUUGAGUCGCAGUAACAUUGUGUUUCCCUGACAAGAUAUUGUGUUAUUUUCUAAUCAUGAACUUUGUCAUAUGGCACUGAAUCCAUGAACGUUUUCACACCAUGAAAUGAACUCCAGAAUAUGUCACGUGUCAAUGUAGAAAUUUCUUUGAAUAAUGAUCAGUGUACUUUUAUAGGAAGUUGGCUUCUUUAGUAAAGCAACAAUAAAUCCUAUAACACAGAAAACUGUGUACAUUUUGUUUUAGUGAGAAUCCCAGAGCCAUCACAGUCAGAUUUUGUCUAAAUAUUAAUAGUAUGGAAAAUAUUUAAUUGAAAAAUUUGCAGGUUGGUAACUUUCUACUGAAAAUAAAAGAGUAUUGAAAUAUAAAAUUUUGUAGAUUUAUUAAUGCUAGUUCUAAUGUAAUAAUUUGACCUGAUUCCUAAAGAAAUCAGAUUAUUAUAAUUUCCAUGCCACAUUUCAAUCUAUUCAGAUUAAUACUUAUAUUAAUGUAUGCUUAAGUUCAUAUAAAGAAAAGAAAUUAGGGGACCGAACUUGACAUAGCAAGUGAAGCCACCGCCUGCAGUGCCGGCAUCCCUUGUGAGCGCCAGUUCAAGUCCGACUGCUCCUUUUCUGAUCCAGCUCUCUGCUAUGGCCUGGGAAAGCAGUAGAAGAUGGCCCAAGUCCUUGGGCCUCUGCACCCAUGUGGGAGACCCGGAAGAAGCUCCUGGAUCCUGAUUUUGGAUUGGUGCAGCUCCAGCUGUUGUGGCCAACUGGGGAGUGAACCAGCGGAUGGAAGACCUCUCUCUCUCCGCCUCUCCUUCUUUCUGUGUGUAGCUCUGACUUUCAUGUAAAUAAAUAAAUAUUU